UUUAUAAACAUUGCAUUGUUCUAUUUUCAACGUGAUUUUAACUAGUUAUUCAAAGGUUAACAUUGACACCCUAAUAUUUGGUAAAUUUGUAUGCUUUUAGAAUAAAGGUAUCUUGCUAGCUAACGUUUAUUUCACUAGCUAGCUAGCAUUGAACAAAGCUAAUUCCUGAAAUCAUCAUCAGCCGACAUGAGUGCUGCGCCCAACCACAGACGGACCAAACCUGGCGGCAUGAAGACGGGCUUUCCAGGCCAGGCUUCGUCCAAUGGCGUCAUGGGGCCCACGUCGCAGAUCCCUGGGCUGUGUCAGGAAGCCACUACCGGGGCACCGGAGGCCAGAACCAGCGGUCGACGGGUGGGAAUCUUCGAGUCCGACUCUGACUAUGUCAAACUUGCCAAAGCAGGUGGACAGAAAGGGUUACUGUGGCACGAAGACAACAAGGAAGAGGCGGGGCCAAAUAAAUCCUACAACGCGCCUGAUUGGUUUUCUGCUGAAUCUCAGCGUGGAAGUAAAGCAACGUCCCCCGACGGUUGUCAAGGAUACAGCAAAAGGCAACCAUUGUCUGCUCCUUUCGGGACUGAUGAUAGCUCAGGCUGGGAGAGGGAGAGUGAUAGCUUUAAAGAGAAGAGACCCUCAGUUGCGGAUGCUUCCAACCAAAUGGAGAAUAUGUCUCUAAACCAAGGUGGCUAUAUGGAAGUCAACAAAUACAAGAAAACUCAAAGUGAUUUUUCUAUGGACAGGUCCCAUGACAAGAAGACUGCUCCAGUCAGCAUGUCGAAGCUGUUGAGCUUCGGAUACAUAGAGGACGAGAAGAAGUCCACCAAUGACGAUGACUCCUCUAGUGUGACUUCUGAACAGACAACCAUAGCUCCUGAGGACAAUGACCUAGAAUAGAAAGAAGAGAAGAUGUCCACCCGCUAGUAUCUGCCUAUCGGUCGUCUUGCAGUCCCUGGCACUCUGUGACCGACACUUUCUCAUUACUGUGUAUCCCAAAUGUUGUUUUAUACUUAUGCAAUUGUUUAUUACCUUCUGUUAACUUAUUUUUAUUUGUCUGUUUGUUUUUUAGUUUUUUAAUCCAUGUCACAUUAUCUAUAAGCCAACGUGUCUAUUAAUGCUCUUUAAAUGUUGAUAUUGUCGUUCAUGAAUCCGAAAAAUGCAUUGUGUGAAUGUGGAAAAGUGCUCUGCAGUGAGUUUCUAGUCUUUGUGCUGUGAAAAUGGUUUCGGUGCUGUGGUGAAGAUUGUCUGUGAAGAACCACAAUGGUGACGCUUCUUGCUCACACUUUUAAGCUCUUGUGUUGAACACGAUCAGAAAUCAAGAGAUCUGCCAAAAAAAAAAGUGGAAAUACAGAUGCCAAGUUAUUUACUUUGUAUGAGAAGGCAGACAUGAUUUAGAAUGGAACAGAAUUGCCAAUAUAUCUACUUUGUUCUAAAGAGAUGCCCUCCAAUCCGAGACCCCCUAUUCCAUUUCAGGAUAUGGUUCAGUGUUGUACAUUUAGGUGGGGAAAUUAAUUCCAUAGAUAGAUGCAUUUAGUAAUGUUAUAACAACUUUGUCAAUUUGUUCUACAUAUUUUGGAAUGGUGGCGAAUGUACUGUGUGAUGAUAUUGUUUGCCCUAUAAUGUAAAAACGGUUUGCUUUCACAUGAAGGGUACCUGUCUAUAGCUUGGAGACAAAUUAAACUUAGCUAGCACACAAUGAUACUCUAGUUUUUCUAUGGUUUAGAGGUAUGAUUUAACACAGUAAAUGUUUGAUCUUCACAUAUUUCGUAAACUGAAGCUCUUGAGUGAAAUGUCAUGAAUAAAUUAGCAUGUGCAUGUA